AGGAAAUUGUACAGCUGUAUGCUAAUCCUGUGUUUGAUACUCUGUCCUAAGCGUGACAGAUGUUGAACUUGUGCAUAAUGUAGCACGUAUUCUUCCAUCCAUUUGUCUAAAGAUUAAACUAAUCGAUUACCUGCAUUACGUACUGCAUUAAAACUACGGAAAGCGGCACACAGAGGCGUUUCAUGUGCAGAAAAAGUGAUCUACCUCACAACAACAUCCGCCGUGCAGUGUCAUUCACCGCUAACGUCCCAUCUCUGGUUCUUGCUUGAGCUCUGCGGUCCUGUCUGUAACAGGCAGAAUGACGUGUCCACCUUGGCCUAAAGGAAAGAAACUAGUUCACCUGGAUUUGAAAGGUGCACCCCCAAGGGUAGAAUACCUUCACAAGCUGAUCGAGCUGUUCUCUCAGCUGGGAGUCGAUGGCCUGUUGGUGGAGUACGAGGACAUGUUUCCUUAUGAGGGGGAGCUGAAGCUGCUGCAGGCCACAGCACAGCCUGCUUACAGCCGAGAGGAGUUACUGUCUAUGCAGGAGUUUGCCAAAUCUAAGGGCAUGGAGGUGAUCCCGCUUGUUCAGACAUUUGGUCACAUGGAGUUUGUGCUGAAGCAUCGGCCCAUGUGGAGCCUGAGAGAGGUGCCAUAUUGCGUGGGUACCCUGAAUCCCCACAGAGAAGAGGGGGUGAGGCUGGUGAUGGAGAUGCUGAGGCAGGUGGUGAAGCUGCAUCCCGGCCUGAACACACUGCACAUUGGAGCAGAUGAGGUGUACAUCCUCGGCGAGGGGGAGGAGUCCAAACAGUGGUUGGACUUACCAGGACGCACAGUGGAGCAGCUUUUCCUGAGUCAUGUGACCAAGGUGGCCAAGGCCAUCAAGGCGACGUGGCCUCACAUGACCAUCAUAAUGUGGGAUGAUAUGAUGAGAAGCAUGAGCCAGGACACACUAAAAGAUAGCGGUCUAGUGGGACUCGUCCAGCCCAUGUUGUGGGACUACACCCCUAAUCUGGAUGUGGACAAAACUGUGUCUCUGCUGGAGAAGUACUGCAGUGCCGGUAUGUCAGACCUGUGGGCAGCGAGCUCCUUCAAAGGCUCCACCAACGUUUACACCUGUGUGCCCAGCACACAGAGGCAUGUGGAUAAUCACCUGCAGUGGCUGAAGGUGGCUGCUUCUUUAUCUGCUGGUAUAAACCUACAGGGCAUCGCCCUCACAGGCUGGCAAAGGUAUGACCACCUGUCAGUGCUGUGUGAGCUGAUGUCUGUGGCUCUUCCAUCACUAGCAGCCUGUCUCCAGACACUCGUCCAUGGAGAGCUCAGUGCUGAGGCUCAAAGCAAAGUAACUGAGAUGCUGGGUAUUUCCUCAGUGGAGGUAGAGGCCAUGGCGAGGACUUCUGCAGACGAAUCGCUGUUCCCAGGAAGGAGGCUGGCUGAGUUAACUGUGGAGCUUAAUUCACUGCUGAACUCAGAGGACAUUCGAAUGUUUGAGAACGACAUGUUUGUAAGAGGAUGGUUCAGCCCCUACCACCGAAAGAGGAAGAUGGUAACCCCUCUGAUCACCAUGCAGAUUCACAGCCAAGCAUCAGCGUAUUUGACUACAUUACAAGAGAAGGUGGAGGCCGUGAGAAAAGAGAUGGUGCAUCUUUACCCAAAUUCAACAGCCCAGGAGUGGAUAGAGGAACACGUCAGCCCAGUAAUGGCUCCUUUACAGAAGAUAACAGAGGACAUCAGAGCCUGUGUGAAGGAGAUGGUGCCAUAAAAUAUUUUGCCAGCUCAGAAUCAAACAGCUUUUUUGAUGAAUUACGAUACUGGUCUCUUAAUUUUUUUGCAACUAGCGCUGAAAUUACCAGGAGUGAUUUUAAUGCGUAAAUUCACACUUACACAAGAGCAAAUCUGGCGCUUGUAAAUUGCACUAAUUUUGGCAAGAAAAUGGAAAUAUUCAAAGAGGACUUUGGGUUUAUAAAACAACUUUAUAAUUAAACCACUCCAAAUGUAUCAAAGUAAACAAAGACAAUAAAAUCAACAACAAAAAAAAAUCUCUCAAAAUUCUUUCUUGCAAAACAGAACUUACUGACAUUCACCAUGCGUACAUCGUUUGCCUGAGUAUAGUCUUUGGUUCACAAAAAUAAAAUAUAGGUUAUAAGACAGAACAGCAGAGGGCCAAAGAAUUUCACACACAAUUGACUCUUGAUUGAGCCCUGAAAAUCCCUCAUGCUUGAUUACAGUUUGCACAUCCAUUCAUCCGGACUGCGGUCUGGGUAUGAAUAAACAUGCAAAUGGUAAUUAUCGACUAGGUGGUCCAGAAAGUGGUGGGCAAAGCACUUUCCAUCGACUUACACACAAACACUUAUUAGAGUUCAGUAGGAAGGCACGGUACAUCUGUAAUCUCGAGUGUAUUCUCAAAUAGUAAUUAGUUGUUUUUUUUU